AUGGUCAAAGUUCAACCAACGAGUGGUCAUGAAAAGACUUUGGAAUCUAACAAACAACUAGGCGAGCUCUUCUCCAACUCGGAUGGUGAUUCUAACUCGGAUGAGAGUCUUCUAGAAGGACACAAAAAAGGUCGUCCCUUCUUUCUGAGAGCUCUCCUCAGUGUUCGUCUCUUCCUCAUUGUUGUCAUUACGAUUGUGGUCGUUUUGACUGCUCUCUCCAUAUGGAUUACAGCCUUUACAGUGAAUGAACAAACGGCUCUGGAACAAGUCAAUGUCAUCAUUGCGAAUAUGAAUGAAAAGAUUUCGGGGUUUCUUCAAAGUCAAUUAUUACCUGCCAAGCAAGUAGCACAACUCAUCACCGAUGAUUAUCAUAACUUUAAGAUUGAUCAUGAUCCUACCAUUCGUAACUACUUAUUUUCAAAGGUCAAGUUGUUUGGUGUCACCAAUACGAAUUUAGUUUUUGGUGAGAAUGGCAACAAUCAAAUGUUUGCAUACAGUGUCAAUGCUGACAGUUCGCUCGUUUGGGGUGUCAAACUUCAACAGAGCACUCGGUUCAUCAUUUCCAAAGCUAAUAAUGAGACGGGAGAGAUUUACUAUGAUCAAAUAGUGUCAAAUAUUUCUUAUGUGAUUAGUGCAACUGAUUACUACAAGGAAUCCAUUCGUAUCGUUCAAGAUUAUCCAACGGGAGGAUAUGGAGCACCAUACAAAGUGCUUGGAGGACCUCAAUCGACCUUUUUCUCAGUUCCAGUGUUUAACAGAACAGAGUUGCUGAACGGUAUCAAGAAUCGAGUUGGUUUUGCCAAGAUUAACAUUUCAUUGGCAACCAUUGCACAAUUCUUGAAGAGUAUCAAAGUCCUUACCAGAGGUUAUGUCAUUAUUUCCGAGUUUGGGAACAAUUUUGUCAUUGGAAGCAAUCUAGCCAUUGAUGGCAUUGACGCCACACGAGUGAAAGCUACUGACAUUAAGACUCGUGAUGCUGGAUCAGUCAUGACCAAUCUUUUACAGCAAACGAAAGACAGUCUGGAUCCAGUCAUACUAAACAUUGCAAGUAAUGGCACUAACUACUUGGUCUCAUCGACACCUUUUGUUUACACCAAUUUGAAAUGGAGAAUGACACUUGUGUUUGAAGAGAAUGAGAUUAAGAAGGGUAUUAUCAUGAGUAGUUAUGUCAUCCUUGGGGUCACUCUGGGAGUAACUACUCUGGGCAUUUUGAUCAGUGUUGUCAUUGGUUGGAUUGUGACAAAUCCAUUCAUCAAUCUUCAGGAGGAUUUCAAAAAGAUUGAAGUUCUCGAUUUGGUGAAUAUCAAAGAACGAAGUGCUUUCUUCAGUGAAGCAAAGAGUAUUUAUUCGAGCUUGACUGAGACUGUGAGAUGGUUGAGUGAGUUUAGAGCCUUCUUGCCUGAUUCUGUGUUAAAUCAACUGGAACAUAGUAAGGCACAACAACAACAAGUACAACAAGAAUCAAGCAACAAGAAGGAGGACAUGAAACAACAACAGAUCCAAGGCUCAUUCCGAAGUAAGGAAAGUUCAAGCCAUGGAAUGGAUCACUCAACCAGUGGAAUGGGAUCUAAUCGUCAAACCUCUGCCAACAUGAAAGCAGAUUCCAAGUCCUUGUUCAAACUUGGACUUUCAUCCAAAGAUUUGGUCACUCUUGUACAUAUAUCCAUUCCAAAUUUAUCAGAAAAGAGCUAUCCAUUUGAUGCCUUAAAUAAUAUCACAUCCAAAUGUUUGACAUCCGUUUCGAGUAUUUGUAAAACAUGUCGUGCUGAUUUACAAAUUAAGAGCUAUGAUGAAUAUGUUGUAAUUUUUAAUGACAAGUCACCCUGUAUAACUGCACUUGAAACAUGUUUGAAAUUGAAGAUCGCUUUGGAAUCGUUGAAUAAUCAUCUCAACAAGGAAGGGUUAUCUCCAUUGCAGGUGUGUAUGGGAGUUUCAAGCGGAGAAUGUCUUGUUGGUAACAUUGGAAAUAAGCAGAUGAGAUAUUUUGAACAGAUCGGUGAAAUUGUGCAAACAGCCAAAAAUUUGAGCGUCUUGGCCAACUUUGUAAAUGUUCAAAUCUUACUCGACGCUCGAACUUUUCAAAUGACCAAAGAUUCCUUUGUGUUCAGACCUGUCGAGAGAAUUAUGAACUCUUCCAAGAGAUGUAUAGAUACUGUAUAUCAGCUCGUUCAGAAAAAUCAAGUGGCAGAUGACGAAUGGAUGUAUGAACUCGAAACGAAGCAACAUCAUGCCAAAUUCCAACAAUUCGCAAAUAAUUUCUGUAAAUUAUUUGAUGAAGCUCAGUUACCUCAGGAUGAAAUCAACGACGUUAAAAAAUUCAUUUCAAACUUGCAUGAAAUGUCCCCUGAAGAUUUAGUGUUGCAAAGACUUAACAAGUUGAUUGAAUUGAAUUCGACACAGCUGAACCAAUUGUCGAGUUAUUACACCAAUGUCUCCACCAACGUCACAAGCUACGUCCAGGGAGAAGUUGCAAAACUUGAUUGUUAA